CUUCCUGUGCUGGAUCACUCCUAAGCUCUUUUCACUUGAAAUCAGAAACACCCUGUAUAAAAAAGCAGGCGUUUGGCGACCAUUAAUUUGUAUUUCUUCAAAGGCAAAUCCCCCAUUAGUAAACGCUAGCUUAUUAAAGUAAACUUUUUAAACUAGGCUGAGCAAUGCGUAUAAUUAUCUUCGGGACCCAAAGAAAGGCAUUUUGUUUUCUAACUUUAAUCAUUGAGCGAGAGUGCAAAUUAUAUCUGGCCUAAAAAGAGCGAAACUCGGUUCAGUAUUCUCGAUUCAGUCGUUGACGAACAUGAUACCCUACGAUUACAAAAAAUAUUUCGAAAGAGAUUUUAAUGUGGCGAAAUUCUUCGGAUGUUGGGUAAAUGACGGAAGGGCGGAGUCCAAGUAUUACAAAUAUUACUUCGUCAUGGUCAAUUUGUUCUUUAUCGUCCUCUACAACAUCAUACUUACGAUCGAAUGGUUCGCUAACAGCAAAAGUGUAAAACUGUUCGCCCAAAUGGGAUACGUCAAUCUAAUCUGCACGAUGGGUCAAGUCAAGUCCACCUUUGUUUUCAUUCACCGGAGUGAUUUCCGGAACUUGGUAGAGUUAUUCAAUGAAGACUUGUUUCAGCCAAGAAACGAGGCGGAGCUUACCACUUUGAAUCACGUGCUGAGCGUUUUUAGCCGUUUUAAAAGAAUUCUCAUCUCGCUGACAUGCGUCUCGUUCACUUCUUCCAUACUUACCCCCUUAUUUUACUCCAAAGGAGAUGGUCUACCAUUAGAGGCAUGGUAUCCCUUCGAUUUGUCGGUGAAGAUGAAUUUUAAAUUAGCUUACGUGCACCAAGGGUUUUGCAUAACGUACAUAUCGUUCAUCAACAUGUACUCCGACGUGCUGGUGUCUGGGUUUGCCCAUUUCGUCGGACUUCAAUGCGAUCUGCUGUGCCUGCGACUCGAAGCUAUCAGAAUUGGAGAUUAUCAAGAACAGAAAGAGAAAUUGGUUAACUGCGUUCACCACUACAGACUCAUUUUAAAAUUUCUGAAAACGACCGAGAAAGUGUUUGGCAAAAUAUACUUCGGUCAGCUGUUUGCCAGCACCACUGCGUUGUGCAUGGAUCUGUUCUUGCUUAGUCUGACAGAACCAAAAACAUUUGAGUUCUUCUAUCUGGUAGUCUACCUACUAGCGGUAGCAAACUUGCUCUUGGUGCCGUGUUGGUUCUCGACGGAAAUGACACGUAAGAGUGAAAACAUCCCUUUUGCCGCGUACAGCUGCGACUGGGUAGACUCCAGCAACAGCUUCAAGAAGGAAUUGAUCUUUUUUAUUCGAAGGGCUCAGAGACCACUGAAAUUUUACGCUGUCGACUUCUUUGAAAUAUCUGUGGAGACGUUUGUGAAGAUCAUUCGAACAUCAUUGUCGUACUACGCGGUUCUGAAUAAUCUAAACAUGGAGGAGAAAUACUACUAAGCUUGACUUCAGCAAAUUAUAAGCACUAUUUAAACUCACUGUUCUAGUUGUCGGUUAUUGUUUCGUACACAAUGUGCAGCAAA